AUGGUCAAGGAAACCAAGUUUUACGAUUGCCUGGGGGUCCCUCCCACGGCCUCUGAUGCCCAACUGAAGUCGGCCUACAAGAAGGGUGCUCUCAAGUUUCAUCCGGAUAAAAAUACCAACAACCCCGACGCCGCCGAGAAGUUUAAGGAGCUGUCGCACGCCUACGAGAUCCUGUCCGACCCGCAGAAGCGUCAACUCUACGACCAGUAUGGCGAGGAAGGCCUGGAGCACGGUGGCGGUGCCGGAGGAAUGAACGCCGAGGACCUCUUCUCGCAGUUCUUCGGUGGCGGCGGUGCUUUUGGCGGCAUGUUCGGCGGUGGAAUGCGCGAGCAGGGCCCCAAGAAGGCCCGCACUAUCCACCACGUGCACAAGGUCAACCUGGAGGAUAUCUACCGGGGUAAGGUGUCGAAAUUGGCGCUGCAGAAGUCCGUCAUCUGCCCGGGCUGUGACGGCCGUGGCGGCAAGGAGGGCGCGGUCAAGGAGUGCACGGGUUGCAAUGGCAGCGGUAUGAAGACGAUGAUGCGCCAGAUGGGCCCCAUGAUCCAGCGCUUCCAGACCGUCUGCCCGGACUGCAAUGGCGAGGGUGAGAACAUCCGUGACAAGGACCGCUGCAAGAAGUGCAACGGCAAGAAGACCACCGUCGAGCGCAAGGUGCUGCACGUCCAUGUCGACAAGGGUGUGCGUGACGGCCACAAGAUCGAGUUCCGUGGCGAGGGUGAUCAGAUGCCCGGCUCGCUGCCUGGUGAUGUCGUCUUCGAGAUCGAGCAGAAGCCUCACCCGCGAUUCCAACGCAAAAACGACGACCUCUUCUACCAGGCUGAGAUUGAUCUGCUUACCGCGCUUGCCGGCGGUACUAUUCACAUUGAGCACCUCGAUGAGCGGUGGUUGACCGUGAACAUCGCUCCCGGCGAGGUUAUCGUUCCUGAUGCGAUCAAGGUCAUUGCCGGCCAGGGUAUGCCUUCGUUCCGCCACCACGACUACGGCAACCUCUACAUCAAGUUCGACGUGAAGUUCCCCGAGAAGGACCAGCUGCGCAACCUGGAACUUCUGGAACAGGUUUUGCCUCCCCGCAAGCAACAGCCCCAGCCUCCAGCGGAUGCUAUGGUUGAGGACUUCGAGCUCGAGAACAUCGACACCAGCGAAGGCUCCCAGGCCCGCGCCCACGGUGCUGCCGGGGCCAUGGAUGAGGAUGACGAUGACGUUCCUGCGGGUGCUGAGCGGGUGCAGUGCGCCUCUCAGUAA